UCGCAUUUGUCCAGUGAAUUGUUUUGUAUGAUACCAAUCACUUAAUUUUGUAUUGCAUUAUUGAACAUAUAUUAGUUGUUUGUGUCUCUUUCCUCUCAAUCUCCUUCGUUUGAAUUGUUCAAAGACAUUUUAAAUAAGUGCCUGGAGCUAAUUCCCAUAAAUUUCCUAGCAAUUUCUGCUGCUGUUAGCCUGCUACCAACUAUUCUUGUCCCAACAAUUUCUGAAGAUCAGCAUUAUCUCUCUGUUUUCUUUCCUCUCCCACAGUUUGAUGCAUUUUGUUUCAGAAAAUCUAGGAUUGUCAAGCUUUGGUCCCAAGGCAGGGUUUCCAUGCUCUGAGUUUUGGACUGGCACAUUUCUGUAAUAUGGCCUCCUCUUCUGCUUCUUCUUCCUCUGACAUCCCCCCAAAAGAGAAGUAUGAUGUCUUUCUCAGCUUCAGAGGCACCGAUACCCGCAAGACUUUUACCAGCCAUCUCUACAAGGCUUUGGAUGAUAAGAAGAUUGAUACCUACAUAGAUUACAAUCUUGAGCGGGGAGAAGAAAUCGCACCUGCCCUUCUAAAAGCAAUCGAGAGAUCAAAGAUUUCCGUGAUCGUUUUCUCAGAAAACUAUGCUUCUUCUCGAUGGUGUUUGGACGAACUUGUGCAUAUACUGGAAUGCAGGGAAAAGUAUGGACAACAUGUGAUACCCAUCUUUUACAAAACAGUUGUAUCAGAUAUACGACACCAGAGAGGGGGUUAUGAACUUGAAGAACAUUUCAAGGAUAGAACAGAGUCUGAGCGUCUUAAAUGGAAGGUUGCUUUGACAAAAGCAGCUAAUCUUUCUGGGUUUGAAUCAACUUCAACCAGGGAUGAUUCCGAAUUGAUUCACCAAGUUGUCCAGUUUAUUUUGACGAAUUUGAGUUAUGAGUCCUCGAGUUAUGAAUUAGAUGGCUUCGUUGGAGUUGGAAGUCGGGUUCAGCAAGUUGAAUCAUUACUAUGUAUUGUUCCUCGAGAUGAUCGUGUUCGCUCCGUUGUUAUUUGGGGUAUGGGAGGUAUCGGCAAGACCACCCUUGCUGAUGCUGUUUUUCACCGUCUCUCUUCACAAUUCGAUGCUUGCUGCUUUCUUGCAGAUGUUAGAGAAGGUUCUGGGACCCAGAAAGAACUAAAAGACUUGCGAAACAGGCUUCUUCGUACAUUAUUAGGGGACAAAACUCUUGAUAUCCAGAGCAAAACUAUAGACCGUUCUACGGCAGUGAAACUCAGCCGUAAAAGAGUCCUCGUUGUUCUUGAUGAUGUUGACAAGUCAAGCCAAUUAGAGAUGUUAGCUGGACGUGAUGUUACGUUUGGCUCAGGAAGUAGAAUCAUAAUAACAACUAGAGAUGAUCAGCGAGUUAGAGACAUAGAGGUACUGAGGGGAGGAGGUAACCAUGAUGUUAAGAUAUAUGAGGUUGAGAAAUUAAGUGAUGAUGAAGCUCGUCAGAUCUUCAAUUUGAAUGCCUCCACAGGUAUCUAUUCUGAUGUACAUUCUACAUAUUUUUUAACAAGGAUGAUAGCGCAUGCUGCAGGCAUCCCCUUAGCCCUUAAACAUUGGAGUUCCUUAUCCCAUAAACUUUCAUGGGAUGAGAUGACAAAGAUUAUCAACGAAAAAAUGGGGAGCAUUUAUAGAGUGAGUUAUGAUGUCUUGAGAAAAAAUGAGAAGGAAAUAUUUCUUGACAUUGCAUGUUUCCACAAAGGGAAGCAAAUAAAUCAUGUGAGAGGACAUUUAGAUUGCCGUAGUUUACCUGUGGACAGCGGAAUUGGUGACCUUAUUGAUAGGUCUCUCAUAGAACUAAGAGGAAGUUAUCUAUGGAUGCAUGAUGUGAUACAAGAAAUGGGCCGCGAAAUUGUCCGCGAAAAAUGUCCUGAAGAGCCUGGAAACCGCACCAGGUUGUACACUCUUAAGGACAUCCGUCAUGUAUUGCAAAAUGAUACGGGAACUGCAACAAUUGAAACCAUGUCCACUGUCGUCAUCACGUACGACAGGACGUUUAAACUAUCUUUGACCCGUCAAGUCUUUGGAAAGAUGUACAAUCUAACAUUCCUAGAUCUUGAUGGGUUUUUUGACUAUUACACGUUGCAACUUCCUCAAGGUCUAGAGUCUCUUCCCAAUGUCCUUAGAUAUCUGUCCUGGAAGGGUUAUCCUUUAGGAACUUUGCCAUCAAAGUUUUCUCCGAGCUGUCUUGUUGAGCUUCAUAUGCGCAAUAGCAAACUCCAGACAGUUUGGAAUACAGACCAGAAACCUCAGCAUCUUAAAAAGAUCGAUCUUAGUUACUCAAGGGAGCUGGUUGAUGUGCCAUACCUCACAGCGUGUCUUGAGAGUAUAAAUCUUGAAGGAUGUAAAAGUUUGGUUGAAGUUCCAAAUCUCUCAAAGAGUCUAAACAUUGCGAGUAUAAACCUUCAAGGGUGCAAGAAGUUGGUUGAAGUUCCUUCAUAUUUUGAAAAUCUUCACAAGCUUACUGUUCUGAAUCUGAGCGGGUGCGGGCUUCUAAAACGUAUUCCAGAGAUGCCAAGCAAUUUGGAAUUCUUGCUUAUAAGUGGAAACCGUGAAAAGCAACCUGACUGUGACAGUAUGAGAUUGUCUGGAUUGCCUUCAUCAAUCUGGUCUCUUAAGAAACUUGUCAAACUGGAUCUCAGUUAUUGUUACUACAUUGAGAAUCUUCCAAGCAGCAUUUGGACGUUGAAUUCCCUCACAUCUCUUGAUUUGUCUUAUACGAGUAUAGAAGGUCUGCCGUCAUCAAUUGAGUGUCUUUCUAGGGUCAUUUCAAUUAACCUGAAGAAGUGCCAUAGGCUUGUGAGUUUGUCAACCAGCAUUUGUAAGUUGAAAUAUCUUGAGAUACUUGAUCUCUCUCAUUGUUCUUCAUUCGAAUCCUUCCCUGAAAUCUUAGAGCCUAUGGAAUGCCUGAAGACUCUCCAUUUAAGUAACACGAAGAUUGAAGAGCUACACGACUCCAUUGAAAAAUUAGUUGGGCUUGAAGAAUUAAACUUAUUCAUGUGCAAAAGCUUUAAGUCUCUCUCAAACAGUAUCUACAAAUUAAGAUUUCUCAAGUAUUUCAGAGUUGUUUGUUGUAGUGAACUAAAGAAACUGCCUAUCUCCUCAUCGGACAUUUUGUGGUCUUUGAUAUCUGAAUUAGACUUCGGCGGCUGCACCAGUUUGGAAGAAAUCCCUGAUGGACUCAUGAAAUGCUUAACCUCACUAAAAAAAUUAGAUUUUAGUGAAACCAAGAUUAAGAGCAUCCCUACAAGCAUCAAAGAACUUUCUGGAUUAAGAUCCCUACGCAUAUGCAAUUGCCAGAACCUAGAAUCUCUACCAGAGCUUCCAUAUAAUCUAGAAAGUUUGGAUGCUGAUGAUUGUAGGAAUCUGGAGAUGGUGUCAUUCUCAAUGACUGCAGUUACGCAAGGUCUGGAUCAAAUAUGCUAUAAAGAUGUUUUUAAACGUCGAGUGAAAUAUUCAUUUCGUAAUUGCAAAAAAUUGAGUGAGACCGCAAAAAGCAACAUGAUGAAUGAUGCAGAGCUUGGAAUUUUGCGAACUGCAUUUUCCAAACGUGAAGAAAAAGAUCCAGAUCGUUAUUAUAGCCCUAGGCGUGAGGAUUACUCCGUUGCUAUUGUCUAUACUGGAAAUGAAAUUCCAGAGCGGUUCAGGUAUCAAACAGAGGGAUCUUCAAUAAAUAUCAAGCUUCCUGUGCAUCCUUCUCAUACAAAUACAAACUUGUGGCAAUUCGUUCUGUGCGCUGUUCUCACAUUCGACAAUGAAGAUAGUGUGUCAUCGUCAUCGGGAUCCCAACGUAACGUUAUUAAGGCCUGUCGUGAAUUCUGUUUCACGACCGAAAAUCGUGACAGCUGUGCAUUAGAUGUUGAUCUUCCUUUGCCCGACAAUUAUGAUGAAGAUGAAGAUGACGAUGACACACUAUGGAGAUCCCGACCUGACUGUAUGAAGCCCAGGUGUAAAUUCAAUUUCACGACCAACAAUGGUGACAGCUCUCCAUUAGAUUUUACUCUUCCUUUGCCCGACAAUUAUGAUGAAGAAAAAGGCAUAAAUUGGGAUGACAAAUCUCAGGUAUUUGUAUGGUAUUGCGCGUACUGGUCCACUCAUGUUCGCUCUGCCAGCGAGGCCUCGUUCAAUUUUUACCUUAGGCCAAAGUGGGCAUUGGGAAAGGAAAGUGACACUUUCCCAAAGGAAAGGAAAUUGAUUCCUUACCUUAGGGUCUGUGAUGGCAUUAAGGUGAAAAGGUGUGGGGUCUGCUUGCUGUCAUCCGAAGGCCAAGAUGUGAAAUUUGUAGGGGUCAAUCAAGAUGUUGGAGAACCAAAACCAGAGCAGGUUAUUUCAACAAAGAGGAGCCGCGAUCAGUAUGAAGCCAGUGGAAGCGCUACUGUUGCUCUCUCGGAUUAGCUUCACUAAAUGUUUUGAUGAGGCGGACAAAUGGAGACAGGACCAGAUGACAAUAUUAUGGACUGUUAUUAAUCAAGACAGCAAAGGUAAUACAACUUCAAAACCUAGGCGUUAAUUGUUUUAAAGGGGCGUGCUCUUAAUCCCUAGGUGUUAGAACUUUGUUCUUAAGGGGUUGUUGUUGCUCUCCAAAUGAGUGCUGGAGAGUUUUGGGGCAUGUGGUUGGAGACAUUAUGUCUUUGAUGCAUCAAGCUAUGGUUAGUACGUACGUGAUGUGUGUUCCCGCCCUGGAGCGGGAAACUGUGUCCAUAGCUCAUACCUUGGCAAGGUAUUGUCUUGGGGAAAGUGGUUGAAAAGGAUUCUAUGUAAUGUUUUGUUGUGUUUGUUUGUUUAUUUUUAAUUUCAUGUAAUUUUUUUUUCCAGAGUUGAGGCCAGGGUGUGUGGGUACUCUUUCCUUCAUUCGAAGUUCUUUCCCAUUCCGAUGUUGUCUCUCAUUUAUGAAAG